UGAAUUGGGUUCGAUGUUCAGCCGUUGGAUGUUUAAUCCAUUCCAUGGCUGAACGACAGACCCCGGACAUGGUCACGAUGGGCAUAGUUUCUACUGACAGUAUAUCGGAUUGCCGUCUGUUACUCUUUUUACAGGAACCCCUGAGUAGGGCAGUUGCGUCCUGAAAAAAAAAAUCGAAUGUCUCGAUGUUUCAGGGAAAAGAAAAAAAUGCAACUUAACUCUAUAAUUGCAGCAAUUGUUAAUGCUGCAUGUCAACGCAUGCAUGUGACUUAAAAUAAUAAAGAUGCUUGGACUACCCAUCACUGAUGAACAGAUCCAAGAAAUGGUAAAUCACCUAGACGAUAUAGAUUUCAAGAUGGCAGCAGAAGAGGAGAAAAAGUUGCGCCAUGAUGUUAUGGCACAUGUUCAUACAUUUGCUCAUCGCUGCCCCAGAGCAGCAUCAAUUAUACAUCUGGGAGCCACAUCCUGUUAUGUUGGAGACAACACGGACCUCAUUGUUCUAAGAGACGGAAUUGACAUUCUCUUGCCAAAGCUUGCAAGGGUGAUCAGUCGUCUGGCGAAUUUUGCUGAGCAAUAUGCAAACCUACCUACUCUGGGCUUUACCCACUACCAGCCAGCACAGCUGACUACUGUAGGUAAGCGCUGCUGCCUCUGGCUACAAGAUCUAUGCAUGGACUUGCAGAAUCUGGAGCAUGCUAGAACCAAGCUGCGUUUCCGUGGAGUGAAAGGGACAACAGGGACUCAGGCCAGCUUCCUGCAGCUGUUUGAGGGGGAUCAUAAUAAGGUAGAAGAGCUGGAUAGGUUGGUGACUGAAAUGGCAGGAUUUAAAAGUGCGUAUCUGGUGACAGGCCAGACCUACAGUCGGAAAGUGGAUAUUGACACUUUGGCAGUGCUAUCUAGUUUAGGAGCUACAGUACAUAAGAUUUGCAUGGAUAUCCGUCUUCUAGCAAACCUGAAAGAAAUAGAAGAGCCAUUUGAAAAAGAUCAAAUAGGUUCCAGUGCUAUGCCUUACAAACGUAAUCCUAUGCGCUCAGAGCGCUGCUGUAGCCUUGCCCGACACUUGAUGACACUAAUCAUGGAUCCCCUGCAGACAGCAGCAGUGCAGUGGUUUGAGCGGACACUAGAUGAUAGUGCUAAUAGACGAAUUUGCUUGGCGGAAGCCUUUCUGACUGCAGAUAUUGUACUCAGCACACUUCAAAAUAUCAGUGAAGGACUUGUUGUUUAUCCAAAGGUGAUAGAGAGGCACAUCCGCCAGGAGUUACCAUUCAUGGCAACAGAAAACUUCAUCAUGGCUAUGGUGAAAGCUGGUGGAAACCGUCAGGACUGCCAUGAGAAGAUUCGUGUCCUUUCUCAGCAAGCAGCCGCUGUGGUCAAACAAGAAGGAGGUGACAAUGAUCUCAUAACUCGAAUUCGAGCUGAUCCAUAUUUCAGCCCUAUCCAGGAGCAGCUGGAGAACUUGUUAGACCCAAGUUCUUUUACUGGCCGGGCUCCACAGCAGGUUGUGAAGUUCCUGAAGGAGGAGGUAUAUCCCCUGCUAACGCCAUAUGAAAACCAAAUGGAUAUCAAGAUUGAACUGGAACUGUAGAUUGAUAAAAUUCUUACUUUUAUAUAAAAUGAAGCCUCAAGGAAUACACAAAAUGUUUAUGAAUAGCCCUGUGUUUCAUCAAGACUAAAUUAUAAUAAAAACAAUGUUGGAAAUUCUGAAA